UAUUCAGAGACUCAAAAGGCCGUUCCAUGACUCAGCGCCAAUUUUUUUCGUCUCAGACAUAUUAUUUGAUGAUUCACAAUUGUAUUUAUGAAUCUCCCGAUGACUCGACAACGACAAAUUUUGAACUUUUGAGAUUUUACAUCGUGAAUACCAGUAAAACCAAUGGUUUUAACAGCGUCAAAGAGCAUUCACACUCAAGUCACCCGCCCUCCUCCGCCUCCCUCUUUCUCGUGAAUCAUGUAUCCACAACAUAAUACAGCUAUAUAAACCUCAAUAUUUCGGCCAUUCUGUUUACUUUCCCAACAUCAAAUCAUAUCAAGAAUACAUAGCAUUUUGAUAUCUUUAAGAAACAUCACAAUGACCACCUACGAAGCCGUACCCAAUACAGAUGGCCAAAUACUGAUUCCCGUCGGCAAGAAGCCAGCUGUUGCUCCUCAACGUAAAUUCCCACGUACUGUACCACCACCACGACGACCACCAGCUAACGGCGCAGCUGCCUUGAAAUCCAGGGUUCAAGCACGACCACAAUCGCCACCGAUUCAUAGGCCUGUCAGAAGAUCUGCUAUCAGAUCCGCUAUUCAACCGGAAGCUGCCCGGGUUCAGCAGAGCCGAGCCUCAAAUAAUUACUUGAGAAAGAGACUCGAACUGCGAGAAGCAGCUGCUAGACAAUGGAUAGCAGUUAAUUCUUCAGCCGGCGGUGCGCAGGCUACAAGCUCUAACUCCUUGAACCAUAGAUUCACAGGUAGUAAACCAGAGUCUGUGAUUAAAAAGGACGAAAUCCCGCUAAAGAUAGAAGAUCAAGUAAAUACCAAUAGGAUGAGUCUUUCAUAUAUCAUGGGAAACCAACUCGGCGCUCAUAAGCUCCGGCAUAUUCCAGAGGGGGAAGAAGAGAAUAUCAUAGACUUAACUGUGUCUGUCGGAAGCAAUGAGAAAAACUCUGGGGACAAAAAUGAAGAUGAAGAAAUGCCACUCGUACAUAGGAGUGAUGUACAUACUCGAUAUUCUUCUGUUUCCACCCAUAAUCGUUCAAAUACUCAUAGUUAUCCUAAUUUCAAAUAUCGCCUCAACAAUCCAGACAUCACUGCUUCUCUACAGGAUUCUGUGCUCAAUAUGCCCGUGAAACUUGAUGGUGUUGAACGAGGUAGAAACUCGGAAUUUGCUGAGAGCGCAAGGACGGCAAAAAUGGCACCGUUCAGAGCCGACUGCAGACUCCCACCCAUUCCAGCAAGUAACGCAAUUCAUUAUCAAUGUCAUCCAGGUAUCAGAGCUCCGUCACCAUUUACAACAAUCCAUCCCAGUUCAAGAAGUACAAGCUCAUCCGACCUAAAAUCGCUCGAACAUGCAGCUGUAACUACGCUCGCCAGUCUCAACCGUACUUUUUCGAGCAACUUAAACUCCAGCACUGCUUAUAACUCAGAUUUAUCUCCACAUCAAUCAUGGUCAAGUGAAGGAAGCCUUAAAACUCCCAACCUAAAACGACCAUCCUCUUCUAUUUCAACACCUACACCCACGUCCAACCAAUUUCACGAAUCCAAAUCACGAGCCUCACCACCUGCAACCGGACUCGAACCAGCGACUAAGAGAUUGCAAAUAAGCUCUCUUUUAAAUCCCGCAUUUUCUCAUCUGAGCCGUGAUUCAACUCCUCUCAUCCAGCCCACCCACAUCCUUCAUACCGAAACCCUUAUCCAGCAUCCGAAUAGGCUCGCCAGCGAUUCUGGCAACGAUAAGUUAACAAGUCGGCCUUCUUCUUCCUUUCCAUCUCCUCCUGUCAUCCUCCUCCCACCACCACCACCACCACCAUUAAUUCAACCAUUUCCACCCGACCCAUUCCACUCCACUUCCAAACAUCCAACAUCCAACACCAUCUAUAGACCCACAAUCCCACCUCACCUCCUUCAACAACCAAGCCUACUCACCUCUCCUCCCACCAUCCCCACCAUCCCCAUCCCCAUAUCUUCCCUUCAUCCUCCGCACCACUUCUACCCACAUCCACAUCCAAGUCCCCAUCCCCUCAUACCAACACCAACACCCUCACCUCUAAAUCCCUCACCUACCGCGCCUGGAAACUACGGCCCUCAAACCCAGACUCCCACUCUCCACCAAACAAUUGCAAGCCCCCUUCAUCACACACUCCAUCACACACUCCACAAUAUCUAAUCAUAAUCCGGCACGACGACCGCUCAAAAGCCGCACAUACUCAUGAUUCCAGCUCCUCGAAUACCGAUACAGAUGGGAAUAUGGGGAAAUGGUGGAGUGUAAUUAAUGGAAGGGAGGAAAUGGAGGAGAUAAUGAAGAUAUUCGAGUGAAGAGAGGAAGAUAUUCGAGUGAAGAGAGGAUGAGCUAUUUGAUGGACGUCUAGCGGGUCCUAAUAGGAUGGAAGGGUUAUUAGCAGUGAAAUUUGGGGUUUAGACUCGAAGAUCGGUGGUUUAUCUAAGAUACAUAUAUUAGGGAAUGAGUGGAGGUACUGCGUGUAGUAAUGCAACUGCAUGGAUUCACCGCGUAUUGCAUGG